AUGUCACGGGAUGGAUUUCCUUCAAUGAUAUUUUUCGAUGUCUUGGGGACAAUUGUGGAAUGGAGAUGUUGCAUCGCGAACGAACUGAAUGCCGCGGCACGAAGGGCUCUGCGAGAUGAAGUUCGAUAUCUGAGUGCCGAUGUGCGAACACGUGUCUCUGAUAUGUCCACCUCGAGCUGGCAGGAGAUUGCUGAGGAGUGGCAUCGCUCAUAUAUGAACUUCGGAAACACUUACGAUGCAUCUAAGCCCUUUGUCUCAGUAGAUGAGUACAACCGCACUUCUCUGGAAAAUAUUCUCAUCAAAUGGCUCCUCCGGGAAUUAUUUAACGAGGACGAUCUCCAAAAUUUGACGCUCGCUUGGCAUCGGCUUGACUCAUACUCUGACAGUGCGCCUGGCCUUUCGUUGCUAAACACUAAAUUUUUGACGUCUACAUUAUCCAAUGGUAAUGUAAAACUCCUCGGCGACCUACAACAACACAAUUCUUUGCCUUUCAAGCACAUCACCAGCGCAGAGCAUUUCGGUGCUUACAAGCCGUCCCCAGAGGUCUAUCAUGGUGCUGCUCGCAGAUUCGGUUUCAGAAAUUCGCAAUGUUGUCUCGUGGCAGCCCAUCUUGAGGACUUGCAAGCCGCCAAAAAGUGUGGGUUUCAGACAAUCUACCUCGAGAGAGACUUAGAAGAAGCUUGGGAUAGUAAAGACAUUGCACGAGCUAGAGAGGAGGGGUUUGUCGAUCUUUGGGUCGGAGUUGGAGGCUCAGGUCUGAUUGAAGUUGCUCGAUAUUUUGAAAUAGAAGGUGCAUUUUGA